CCAAGCGCUCUAUUGAACGUUCCUGAAGAAGUGCGACACCGUGUACUAACCACUAAUCGUCCCAGCUUCCAGUCUCUCAGCCCUUGCGCAACUCGUUUCACACGUAUUUACAGAAUGACAAGAGUUCACCGUGCCAGUUCGCAUAAUCCGCGGGAUCGCCAACGGUCUGUCCGGAAGAAGAAGGACUUCAAGGUUGUACUUGAAGCGGUGACAGAGCAGAAGCGCAAGUUGCACACUGUUUCUACAUAUGUGGACCGCCCUCCCAAAGGCUAUGGAUUCAUUCCUGUGGGAUUUGGGGAGUUCACAGAUUGGUGCAGAGAGCAAUGCCGCCAACGGGGGAGAGAUGUGCAUAUAGUAUCUGCGGCACCACAUAAUAGAAGUCACGCCGAUCCCACCAAACUGUCGUCUCACGUUCACCGUAUCGGGUACCACUUUCCGCUAGACGUCAUCGAACCGGCGUGUAAACUACUGCAAUACAAAUUCUCUUUGACAGGUGGCCUUGAAAAGUUGCCGGAUGCGCCUCUUUAUGGGGACGCCUACUUCGAGCGCCGUUUUGCCGAUUAUUACGAGAAAACCCGCAAUGCUCUCCACGGACGACCGACUGACAUCAAAGAAAAUAAGGAAUAUAUAAGCGGGGCGAUUCGCGAAAUGUUUCCCAACAUUCCAGAUGCCGAUUUGGAAUCCAUUGUAAACCACGCAUUCGAAUCUGGCACAAAACGAGUGGGGAAUGCGAAGGAAUUGACACUUGCCCGCCGUGUACAGCUUGCUGUCGUUGCGCACAUUCGUCACCAGUAUACCGAGUAUGACAACAUGUUGAAGACCGGCACAUGGGGCGAUGCUCGGAAGGCCGUCGAACAAACAUCGGUAGCUAAGCUGAUUGAGUGGAGAGACGAACAAGGCACUGCGACGGAGGAACUCGAAGAAGUUUUCCGUGAAGUGAUUGUCCUUGACGAUGACGAUGACUCCAGCGAUGAUGAUCAGUCGCAAGAUCCAAACGUGGAUGAGCGAGAAGUCAGCAUGGAGGUCGUGUCCAGUCUUGCAACUGCGCGUGAUCUUCUUCCGAAGUCCAUGGAUCAUGACCAAGGAUAUGCUCCUCAGCCUCAUCGAUCUACUAGGAGGACUAUCUACCUUCCUUCACACCCCGUAGCCCCUUAUUCAUCUGCGUAUAGUUCACCAAUCGUCUACGAUACUCCGCAAUACCCUCCAACUGAUCCUCGUGUGUUUUCGCGGCCACUCCCUGGACUCAUUGAAUCGCGAAGCAUGAUACGUGCACGACCGCUCGAAUCGAGAGCGAGAGAGCCCACCAGAGCUCCGCGGCCUUUGCAGAUGCGCGGCUCUGACGGGCAGCUGUACACCCUACAACCUAUUGAGCGUCCGAGUAACGGUCGACCUCGACUUGUGGAAACCCCCUUGCUCAGCCCAUAUAGCUCGCAACCUAGUUCGCCAGCUCGUCAAGCUCACGAACCUUCCCGGCGAAAACCUCCUGUUGAGUUCAAUCAUAGUGGCAGGCCAGUACUAACACCCGCUUCCCGACGUGCAUCGGAUCAGGACGUAGUUUUACCGUCGAUUGAGCAGGAUUCCAUAAGGGUGCCAGAUGCGUCUUAUCAACAACAAGAUAUUGGCGGUCGCUACCCUGUCAGCUAUACUGAUGCUCAAACCCAAGCUCAACCAUUAAAGCGGAAAAGCCUUCCUGGCCCACCAGGAACAUAUGAGCUUGGCGAGCUUCAACCAGAACCGCAGCCGAAGCGAUUCAGACCUGGAAUAGAUGAGCGGAGACAUUCCAGACACGUGAUUGAUCAGAACAGUGUUUCUCGUCAUCCCAUGCCUGGGCCUGUAACUGCUGACCAUCGACCUUUCCCCCAACAGCGCAGUAUUGACUUAACAGCAAGCCCUAGAAGAGUGAACCAUGUGGAUGAGGGUAUACCUACUGGCUCACCGCAUCUGUGGACAGCAGGUCCGGCUCACGAUCGGUACAUCACGGUACCUCACACGUCUCUUGCUCAAGAGCCAAGGGGAAUGCAUUAUGAGAUUUCCGGAAAUCAUAAUAAUGGCACAUAUGUACCUGCUCAUGACUUGGUGUAUAGUGGAAGGCAUCCCGAGCCUAUCCACCAUGCAGCGUACAACUCUUCACGUUUCCACAACGGAGGAGAACAACGCUUACGGGAUGGUUCAGUAUAUGAGACAUUUCGGAAACCGUGA